CUGUGGUUUGAUUAAUGUUUGUUGUCCCUGUUUGUGUGUUAUACGGUACGAAACCACUCUGCUUAUAAACCAUGGAUGAAAUCAAGUCCAUGCAGCUCUAUUCUCAUGUAGGGAGAAUUUACAACGAACUGAAAGAGUUGGGUUACGGAGACACCGACGACUUGAAGGUUGAAGACGUCAGCAGGUUCGACAGUCUUCACUACCACGGCGUGGAGGCGGUGGACAAGGCCAUCCAACGGUUUAACAUAGGCGCAGACACCCGCGUGUUGGAUGUGGGGUCGGGGAUCGGCGGGCCGGCGCGAUACCUGGCCUGGAGGACGGGAUGUCACGUGACUGCUCUUGAGCUUCAGCGCGACCAUCAUGAGACAGGGGAGGUCCUGACUGCCAGAUGUGGCCUGGGCGAGAGGGUCAAACAUGUGUGUGGGGACGUCAUGGACAUAGACCUCGGGCACGGCAGCUAUGACUUGGUGACCAGUUGGCUGGUGUUCUGUCACAUACCGGAUAAGAAAAAGGUCAGCGAGCGGUGUCUACAGCACCUCAAACCGGGCGGAAAUAUGCUUGUGGAAGAUCUUUUUGCCCUGGGAGACUUGUCGGAGGUAUCGGAAGACAUCGGGGUCAACUACUUCGAUCUUGCUAAUCUCCAAGACUACAAACAACAGAUCGAAGAUGCCGGUUUUGUCAACGUCCAGGUAGAAGACUUGACAGCAGACUGGAAAGACUACGUCCAGGACCGUCUGAAGACCUUCGUCUCAUCGGAGGAUCGUCACGUGCGCGUGCACGGCCGGCCCACGUACCAGGCUCUGCAUAGCUUCUACAGCUCGAUAGUCAGGCUGUUCACUAGCGGCCGUGUGGGGGGAGGCCGGAUCUCUGCUACUAAACCGGCAUGACUUAGCAUAUACAUUUCUAUACUAGUUAGAUAAAUAAUUAAAAACGCUAUCAUUUAGCUAGAAAUUCAACAUUUGCAAAGCAAAUGCAUCAUGUUUAACUUCGCGUAUGGAUCUGCUCUGAUAAUUCU